UGUCAUCAAGUGCAUUGCCCUGUUAAGAAACAAACAAAUACAGCUCAGUUCUUUGACGGUAUCUUGGAAUAGAAAUGGAAAUAAUGUGAGAUUAAGUUGUGAUUCUGCACUCCAUCCAAACUGUAAACUUUGAAAGCCUAGGUACAGGCAAGUGAGAGAACAAUACCUUUGAUGGAUCCAGGAUUAUCGUGGAGCUUUUGAGAGGGAAGCUCAGACUUAUACAACAUGAAUGUGCAAGGAAAGAUACAAGUCGGUGAAGUCAACCAACAAGAAGAAAUACAGAACGACGACAAGCAGUCUUUGAUAGAAACCGUGGAAGACGCCAAUGCCAAUCAAAUCACCAAAGAGAAUAUUUAUUCAGAUGACAGAGAGCAUGGCAGCCCACUACCCCCUCUGGUGUCGCACUCCGAAGCCCAGGAGAGGAUCAUUAUCUGGGGAACACAUGCUCGGUGUGAAGACCCUGAGCUUGAAGAGUUUGAACUGCUGGAGUGUCAAGAGCUAGAAACAUUUGUAGUGGAAGAAGAAGAACAGGUAGACAUGCAGAGUGAAAGAAGCAGAAAGGGAGCAAAGAACUUCAGUGAAAAAGAGUUUUCAUCUACAGCCAUCAGCACCACUGUUGGCUCCCCUUGGAAAGACCACAAUGAAAACCAUAAUGUGGAUGGAGAUGCAAAUGAGAACUCUCAGCCCCUUGACCUCAGGACCUCCAACUCUCGCUCUGGUGCGAACCGGACCCUGAGAGAUGCACGAAGUGGUUCUGAGGGCAAUGUCUUUUCAUCUUCUCUUUCUGCAGUGACCAGCCUCAGUGGAAGUUUAGCCAGUGCCCUGGACAGUGCAGGCCGCACACAGCCUCUCUCUUCCCAGUCCACCAAGUCUACCUCAGACAAAGGCAGGAACCAGCAUCCAGCUACUACCGAGUCCUACAUCCACUCAGAGAGAAACAGGGAGCUUCCCAGUGAUUUGGACCAAAACCAUAACUCUACCACACUGCCUCAGGAACCACAAUAUGACCGAAGUAAGCUAAUGCAUCCUUCUUAUGGAGCAGUAAAACUGCAAAAAUUCCAAAUGGAAGCAGAGCAGAAUGCUGGGAAAAGGAUGUCAACCGAGCUUGGCGUUGGUGCUGUAAACAGGACUCCCUCUGCAACUGCCAAGAACAGGAUGGUCCUAACAGGCCAGCCGAAGUCACCACUGACCCUCAGUCAACCAAUGCAGGCAGUAAACCCGACCACUCAAACCCCUCAGGAACCUCAAGAUCAGAGAAAGCCAGUGGUGACUGGGUUAGCUGCUAAAUCCCUCCUGCCGAAGCCAGCUCAGUCUGGCCUGCGUCCUCCCAUUUACUCGCACCUCCCGCCGGCUCGUCUGGCCGCCUUUGGGUUUGUUCGGAGCUCUAGCGUCUCCUCUGUGUCCAGUAACCACUCGACUGACAGCACUUGGAGUGACCCCUGCCGACCCGCCUACCGUCCCAACAGUGUAAGUGAUGAGCCGCCACCGCUUCACCGUGUCACCACGUCACCUCCUGGAGAUGGAUCCAGAGCACCGUGCCGUAGCACCCCUCAACCCCCCAACCCCCCUGCACCCACACGCCGCUCCCUGCUGCCCCCUCCUCGAAGCUCCCCCGUGGCAUCCCGUAAGGAAUUCCAGAAGAGUUCUGACGGCACCUGUUCAUCUCUCUCCUCCCCUAAGAGACUCGCUGUAGUGUCUCCUAAACCGCAGUCUCCAGUCCUUCAGAGGCAACAGAGGGCAACAGUGGCGGUCCGAGGCUCAAGCAUGCAGAUUUUGCCUCGUACUGGCUCUCCGGGCCCAGAGAAGCAAAAAGAAGAAGAGCAGAAGAAAGAAAAAGAGCGAGAGGAAAUAGAGAGGAAUGAAGAGAUUCAGCUCUUGCAGGGUCGCUGUGAAGAACAGGCCAGGCAACUACAGACUCUUCAGACAGAACUAAAGAAAACCAGCAUGAGUCUGGAGGUCUUUGUGGUCUGCACUCAGCACUUCGCCUUCAAGAGUGAAAGUGCAGAGGAGAAGGAGAGAGAGUUGUCCCAGGAACUCAGUCGGAUUCAACAUGAAGUGGCCUUUAACGCAGCUCGCUGGGAGCGUCUCCAGAAGGAGAAGAGAGAGCUGGAGGAGUGUUUUGAGAGGGAGCUGAGAGAGUUACAGGUCCAGCAGGAGUCUGAACUCACUACCGUAGAGGAGAACCUGAGAUUACGGCACGCUUCAGACCGAGACCAUCUCAGAGCAGAGCACCAAUCAGAGGUGGAGGAGCUGCGCACACAACACCAGGAACAGAUUGAAGAGUUGACUGCCAACCAUGAGGCCGCCCUUGAAGACCUGAAGACCAUGCACAACAUCACUAUGUCAACACUGCAAGAAGAGCAUGCCAGGACCAUGAGGGACUUAAGGAAAGCCCAUGAGCAGCAAAAGGCCAGUCUAGAAGAGGACUUUGAGAAACUGCGCCUCUCGCUUCAGGACCAAGUGGACACUCUGACUUUCCAGAACCGGACUCUGAAAGAUAAAGCCAAGCGUUUUGAAGAAGCUCUGAGGAAGAGCACUGAUGAACAGAUUGUGGAUGUGCUGGCGCCAUAUCAACAUAUCGAGGAGGACUUGAAGAGUCUGAAGGAGGUUUUGGAGAUGAAGAACCAGCAAAUUCAUGACCAGGAGAAGAAGAUCUGUCACCUGGAGAAAGUGCAGGCCCAAAAGAACCUGUAUCUGGAGGAGCGGGUCCAGGUGCUUCAGCAGCAGAAUGAAGACCUGAUGGCCCGCAUUGAUCGCCAUCUCACAGUCUCAAGACAACUGUCUGAGGAGAACGCAAACCUUCAGGAGUAUGUGGAGAAGGAGACCAACGAGAAGAAACGGCUGAGCCGCAACAAUGAAGAGCUGCUCUGGCUUCUCCAGACGAGUCCCCAUCUGUCUCCUUCCUCUUCUCCCAUCCACAGAGCCUUCUUCCCCGGCCCUGAUAUCCCUCCUUACCCUUACUCUCCGGGUCCUGGGACCCCCACACACUCCUGUUCUCCUGGCCCCUCUCCGGCACCAGGGACGCCCACUCUCAGAGGCUCACCAGCAGCACGCUUGUCCCCUGCCCGGAUCCCAAACGCCAACACAUUUUCCAGAUGAGCUGUUUUACUGAAUCCCAGUCACAUCGCCCAUUUUCUGUUACUGUGCAUUGUGACAGCAUUGUAUCGUUUUGGCGUGCAGACCGUCCAUGUUUUUCUUAGAAAAACAGGUUUUAUUUAUUAAGAUAAUGUCAACCCAAAUGGUCAGACAGCCUUUGUCACUUCCGUUUGUUGACGAAUCGGACUUCGUAAAUGCGUAGCAUCAGAAUGAAAGAGCUAAUGAUGCUAAUGCUCAUGAUGUGCUGCCAACAAUGCUUGGUCUGCAUGGAGGCAGGACCGUUUUUGUGUAUACAGAAGUAGCUCAACUUUGACUCUAAAACAUGCUGUUGGACUCCAACACAAAUGUCUGUAGUUUCUUCUGAAUGACAUACGAGAACUUUAUACAACAAAAAGCACUUUAGGUUUCUGCCCUACCUUCUUCCUACAGAUAAAUGCACCAGCAUUUUUUGUGGUCUGGCUUAUUUUUUUAUGCGAUAUGUCUUCUGAUUUUACAAAUCUCCCAAGUUCUGAUUUAGAAUGUUUCGAAUUAGUCACGACAUAUAUACUGCAAGAUGCCAUUUUCUUAAUUUUUUUCUUACAGUAAAA